AUGAGGACGAUAUGGCUGAUGUUAAUUCUCGUCGCUGUUGUGGCCAACGCUCAACGACGGCUUGCCCUUCCUGACCCACGUAGUUGCGCAAACCGCGUACGGCACGCUACUUAUAGGGACGCUAGAGGAGUUGCACACUCAUACUUCUUCAGUUGGGAGCACCAACCUACUAGAAGUCUUGAGGUAGACUGGUUAGAUUCUCGUAACAUCUGUCGUAGGCACUGUAUGGACGCAGUCUCCCUUGAAACGCCGCAAGAAAAUGAAUUUAUCAAACAAAGAUUAGCUCGAGGAAAUGUGAGGUUUAUCUGGACAUCUGGACGCAAAUGCAACUUCAAUGGCUGUGACAGACCAGACCUUCAACCGCAGAAUAUUAAUGGAUGGUUUUGGUCUGGUUCUGGAGCUAAGAUUGGUCCUACUACGCAACGUAAUACUGGUGACUGGAGCAACACUGGUGGAUAUGGACAACCACAACCUGACAACCGUGAGGCUGCUCAGGGUAACGAUGAAUCCUGCUUGUCGAUUCUGAACAACUUCUACAACGAUGGUGUUAAAUGGCACGACGUAGCCUGCCAUCAUCGAAAGCCGUUUGUCUGCGAAGACAGUGACGAGCUUUUGAACUUCGUGCUUUCCAGAAAUCCUGGCAUUCGCCUUUAA